AGAACUUUAUCACAAUAUUCUAAUUUUCUGAGACAGUCCUGUAUAUGUAUUUAUACAAAAUAACUCCCUAAAAUAAAUGCCUUCUGCUGCCUGUUUCAUGUUGAGCUGACCACCGCUCUAUUUAAAACCACACACUGUUAGAGUCAGUGUAAUGUGAGCCCCCCCCCCCCCCCCACACACACACAUGAAGACAGAUGUCACUGAAACAUUUCCAGUCAAGGAGCUCCACUCCGCCUGUAAAUCUCCCAGCUCAGUCGUCUGGUAGAUGUUCUGGAACAUGAACACGUGUCUCAUGUCCCUUUGGACUCAUCAGUCAGUCCAUCUGGACGUUCACAGACAGUUAUUCUAAUAAAGCACAUCUUGUAUCUUUACCUUUCAAACUGACCAAACGCACACGAAUUAUAGGCGGAAAGGGAUGUUGUUCCUUUUUACAUGUCUAUAUUUUUACUGAGUAGUUAUAAAGAAACAUCGGGGCCUUAGUUGUACUCCUCCUAAACCAAGUCGUUGAAUGUAUGCGUUGCAUAAUGCUGCGAGGCCGAUGAUGUCACUCCUUCACUUUGAAGACAUUAAGACAAACUCUAAAUGCAACCUGGAAUGUUCCUGGGCCGCUUCUUUAACCACGAAUACUUAGUAAGACUUGGACCUCAUCAAAGUGGACGGGAACCAGAACACUCCAAUACCACCGAGUCCAUCAAGCCCAGAAUGAAACCAAUGCUGCAGGGCCUUACACCUGCAUUCUCUCUCCUGACCACCAGGGGGUGGCUCCUCUGGUUGUAUAGAAGUCUGUGAGAUAAUGGCUCUACAUCUCACCUGAUUUAUUACCUCAGUUCUAAAUUAACAUGAGUUAAUGGUCUUCUUCAGCAUUAUAUUUAUUGAGUAGAUUAUGAUAUUAAAGAAGAAUGCAUCAAUAUAGUCCAGUGGCAGUUCUUGAGCAUUCCACUCCGCUCAGGGGGUAGAGCGUGAGUUGUUGGUUUGAUUCCUGGUCCCUAAUGGUCUACAUGUCCUAGAUACUGAACUCUAAAUGGCUGUGGGUGUGAAUGUUUAUCCCCGUGUGUGACAUGUAACAUUCAAUAAUAUAUCCGUGUGUUGUAAAGCACUCUCUGAAUGCAGUCCAUGAACCAGCCCAUCGGUCUGGUUCUCCAAAAGAGUAACAAUACACAUAAACCAAUACAAACCAUAAUACUUGCAUUAUCUCACGGCCGUGAGUAAUGCUAAUGUUCCCUCUGUGGAUAAAUGUUCUUCAUGGAGCAGGUGUGUUUCCCUCGUUGUUCAUAAGUCAGCCUGCAGUCGUAGUUGUGUGCCUCUCUCCAGGAAGAGCUCUGCUCUGCCAUGAACCAGAUCACCUUCCAGCACGACACCGUGCUGUCAGACGUCCACAUGCUGCAGCCCGACGACCGCCGCCUCAUGACCCGCCUCAACGCGGCUGGACAGCCAGUCUUCCUCACUAAAUUCCGGAUCCUGUCAGACGGUGAACAUCAUGACAACAGUGACCCAGGGAAAGGGUUAAAGGAGGCGGAGGAGGAACGCUGUGAACCAAGUGAAGACGAGGAUAAGGACACUCGAGUCACACCUGCAAACGAUGGAGAGGAGGGCGGGACAGGAAGUGUGGAGUCGUGUCUGGAUGUGGACGGAGACAUUGAUAUCCAGCGUCGACCGAGGAAGGACCCCGGCGAGGAGAGCAGCCGAGACCUGGUCCGCCCCAUCAUCCUCAAACAGGCCAGCUGGGCCCGGGAAGAGGAAGACGAGGGUACGGAGGACGAAGACGAGACCUGCAAAGACGUCAUAAAGAUCGAGCACACGAUGGCCACGAGCCUGGAGGACGUCGGCAAGCAGGUGUGGCUCGGUGCCUUCCUGCUGGCUGACUUCAUCCUCGCUCAGCCUCACCUGUUCAGAGGAGCCACAGUCCUGGAGCUGGGAGCGGGAACGGGCCUAACCAGCAUCGUGAUGGGCUCCGUGGCCACGACCCUGUACUGCACAGAUGUGGGAGAAGACCUUCUGAGCAUGUGCAAGAGAAACGUGACAUUGAAUCAACACAUCAUCCAGCCGGCCGGUGGUGAAGUAAAAGUGAGACAGUUGGAUUGGCUCCAAUAUGACCUCUGUACAGACGCUGACGUGGAGUUCAGCUGGACGGAGGAGGAAGUUGCAGAUUUGUACGACAACACCGAGAUCAUCAUCGCUGCCGACGUCUGCUACGAGGAGGAUCUGACCGACGGGCUCUUCCGGACCCUGUACCGCCUCUGCAGUAACCUCCGUCACACCUGCACCAUCUUCAUCUCCUUAGAGAAGAGGAUGAACUUCACCCUGCGCCACAUGGACGUUUCCUGCGACGCCUACAACCACUUCAGCCGCUGCCUGCAGCAGCUGGAGGAGGAGGAGGAGGAGGAGCAGAAGGCCGGGCGCCGCUUCACCGUGGAGCGGCUCGCCACCGACUUCAGGCAGUCGCUCCUCUACGAGCGCAUCGAGCAGCUGGAGCUCUGGAAGGUCACCGCCACGGCACUUCCUGUGAGCACGGUGACCUCUGACCCCUACGGUGAAGGCUUGAAGUGUGAGACAGAACCAUCACAUCCUCAAGGGACAGGUGGACAGGUAGAGCUCCUCAGGGGACAGGUGGACAGGUAGAGCUCCUCGGGGAGUCAAACGCGUCACUCAUGUGAGCAGGACGGUAGAAUAAUUAUUGUUGUGAUCUUGUGCACUUCUGACCAUAAAGUAAUUCAAAGUG